AUGGAAAAGUUUUCCCAGUUCCGGGACCGAGGUUCCGGCAUUGCGCCCUUUUUCCCGGUCCCUCCGCAGCCCUCGGGCUACAUGCUACCGUUGCACGUCUUCUUGUUUUGCUUCCGGCUGCCGCUACUUAUAUUUGUGUGCUUGAGCUAUUUCCUCGUCUUGCAGUUUCUCCCCAUCGGUUCGCUGGGCAAAAAAGCAUCGCUAUGGUGUAUUCUCGGCGUGCCGAGUCUAUGGUGGAUUGAUUUGCAGGUCGAUGGUGUCAAAAGAGGACAUCUCGCAAGUCAACGAUCGCGUCUCCCCGCGGGAAAAUCUAUCAUCGCCUCUUCCUUCACAUCGCCCAUCGAUGCAGUCUACCUAGCGGCCAUCUUCGACCCGAUUUUCACUGCCUCGUAUCCGGAUACACGCAAGGUAGAGCAGCUGUCGCUUCUCGGCGCCAUCCUACGCUCUUUCGCAGCACCCGAAAACACCCCUCCGGCCGGAACACGUCUAGUCGACUUGUCCCAGUUGCUUGAGAAAUACCCUUCCCGCCCUAUCGCCGUCUUCGCCGAGUGCACCACAACCAAUGGCCGUGGUAUCCUACCGCUAAGCAGAUCGCUUGCUUCGGCGCCCCCGCGCACCAAUAUCUACCCGAUUAGUCUGCGCUACACUGAGCCCGACGUAACCACGCCAGUGCCGGGUUGUUAUACCAGUUUCCUGUGGAAUCUUCUCAGCAAGCCUACGCAUUUCAUCAGAGUGCGUGUUGCUGAGUAUGUGAGUACGAGCAGUAAAUCCCCGUCGGAAGCUCACAGCACGAGCAACGGCUUCUUCGACGAUGACGAGGACAAUUCAUCCUCGGCGAGUCUCCUUCAAACGACGACCACCGAUCUAAAUAAGGAAGAAAAGGCUCUUCUGGACCAUGUGGGCGAAUCGCUAGCGCGUCUGGGCAGAGUGAAAAGAGUUGGGUUGGGAGUCAAAGAAAAAGCCGACUUUGUACGCGCUUGGACCAGGCACCGACGACGGUGA